AUGAGACUCUGUAAUCAUACCCCGACAGGCCCAUCACAUCCCGAGAGUUGGUUCUAUUGUUCCCCCCUCCCGAAUGGCAACACCUUGCGACACGUAUUUCAAAUCGCCGGUAUCAUUUGCUCGAGUUGCCUUUCCGCUUUUCCAGCCCCUCCAAUAAGUCUACCUACCCACCUACCUUAUGGUAUAGGAAUGCCGGUACAGUCGCGUCGUACUAUACGAUAA